UUCUCCGCCUGCUUUGUGAACGGGGCACACUCCGGCACCCUGGCUCAAGGCCAGCCGGGCAGACAAAGGAGACUGAAGCUGAAUGCAUUCAAUGUUUGAGCUGGCAUCGCCUGUCCCUGUGGCCAAGUGCCAGGCAGGGGCUCUGGCACCGAUGAGCUUUGUAUUCCCCUACUUCUCCGGGGCCCAAAAAACAGCUGAGUUCUCAGGCUGGGCUGGUUCUGGGCCCCCUUGAACAGAACCUAUCCAGAUGGGGAAGAGAUCCCUGCAAACAAAUCGGUUGAUCCAUUGCCCCGAACUUCUUUGCAGUUCUUUGCGAUGCUUCCCUCACUCUCCCUCCAGCGUCCGGGCUCGGCUAAAUGAGCUCUGGAUGUCCUUUGACGAAGAUUUCCCGUUUCCAAGCCAGCCUGGCAUUGUGUGCCUUUCCUUCCACCACCACCCACCCUCACCCUCCAGCUGGGUGAAGCUGGCACGGCUGCAAAAGGCGGCCAUCUGCAUUGCGUUUGGGGGGGGGCGGUGGCGCAGCCAAGUCCGAGCCCCCCCCCUCUCCUUUUGUUCCUGGGGGCCUGCUGCCGGCAGAGGAGGCUCUGGCUGCCGGAGGCUAUGUCCUACUACGUGUUUGAGGGCCAAGGAGCAGCUCAUUCUCCUUCUACCAGUAUGGCGGGCUCGGGGCAGUACCGACAUCUGAUUAAUGACUACGGACCCCCGUCUCUAGGCUACACGCAAGGAGGGCAGCAGGGCAGCGGCAGCAACCAAGUCCCUCAGAGCAAAUACGCAGAACUCCUGACCAUCAUCGAAGAAUUAGGAAAAGAAAUCAGACCGACGUACGCCGGGAGCAAAAGUGCCAUGGAAAGGCUAAAACGAGGUAUCAUUCACGCCAGAGGCCUGGUCCGAGAAUGUUUAGCAGAGACGGAGAGAAAUGCAAGAUCUUAAGAUCCCUUCGGCCCCUGCCUCCCAAGUGAUCCCUUCCCCGUUCCUCUGGAAAAAAAUGCAGACCAAUCCUUCCAAACUGGCAAUUCUACACAGCUUCUUUCUAAUUUGGGAUGAUAGUUCCCCUUUUCGAGAACGGUGGCCGAAGAUUGCUGGGCCCCCGUUGAAUUCCUGCUCCAAUUCAAGAUGUUUCUAUCCUUUCACAAACUUACUUUUGACUCUUAUUCUUUCUGCAAGCCACCAUCCUGGAUCGAUCCAUUAAAAAAGAGGAAAAAAAAGAACCCCACCCCUUGGAAGAAUGGAAAUGGGUUCAGAGGGCUGUUUUUUUUUGUUCUUUUUCCACCCAAAGUCUGCUCAACAAAAGCUUUGCUUCUUUCCCAUUUAUUUUGCCAUCUGCACCCAACAUCCCCUCUCAAACUUUCUGCCAUCGCUUUCCAGACUCGCAAACCUCUCAAGAUCGUUUUCCGGUCUGCGUUCAGGGCCGGUUGAGGGAAUCCGUUGCAGCUUUCCAGAGAUUCCCUCGGCUGAAAUAAAAGCUGGACAGGUUCCCCUCUCGGAAAUCUCCCUCCUUGCGUUACUGGCGUUUUUCUAUACAAUGCAUCAGUAGGUUUUGCGUCGAUGAGUUGUGGACAUCCACAAACACACCAGAAUCCUGCACAACGCACCCAGGUAAAUUCUUAGGAUUUGCAGGGUAAGCCUCUUUUUUGGGGGGAGAAAAAUUGCCUUAAUCACCCCCAAAUUAACUUCCCAGCCCAACGAUUUCAGGAAUUGUUUUUAAGCUGGAAGGAUUCUAAACCUGCCUGCCAUCUGCCCUUCAAGCGCCAUAAUAUUUUUUUUUGGCACACAGACCAUAAACAAUCUCUCUGAAAACGUCCCUUUCUUUGCAUGAGUUUUCCCCAACCAUCUCCCCCAAAAAACGCACAAUUUCCUCCCAAGCAGAAAACAGCCAAUUUUCAGCCCCGUAUUAACAAUUCUCUCCCCUCAUCCCUGGAUUUAAAUUGCAACUUUGCCUCUUUGUAUGUAUUUAUUACUUGACGUAAUAAAGCUUAUUUUCAGUAA